AAGCAAACUACAAGAAAGUAACCUCAGAAUUUGCAGGCGUGAAGAAUACUUUUCUUAUUAUUUUCUAUAUAUCUUCAAAAAGAAAAUAAGUUAGCAGAUAUUUAAUCUUAAAUAACCAAGAGCUUUGCUGAACCUGAAUCCUGUAUUCAAUUAUUCAGAAGUCUGGGCCUCUUCUUCGAUAAAGCAUGGCUAAUACAGGGGAUGAGACGCUGGAGAUGGCAGCUCUCGGACGACCCUUCCAGCUGGGAAUGCUGUAUGACUGCCGGAAGGAUAGCCUCAUUCCAGGAAUUACGUUGUGGAACCCAGAAGAACUACAAGGCAGCAUAAAUGAAAGAACCCACCCGAUAACCGAGUUCAGCGUCAGCACCUCGGACUCCAUUGAAGAUAAGGCUUCUGCUUUGAAAAUGGACGCUUCCCUGAAGGCGAGUCUCCUGGGGGGUUUGGUUCAAGUGGGUGGAGCUGCAAAGUACUUCAACGACACACAGAAAUCAACAAGACAAUCCCGAGUCACUCUGCAGUACUACACAACAACACGAUUUGAGAAUCUGACCAUGAAUCACCUGGCCAAAGGGAAAGUGUCUCACCCCAGCGUGUUUGAAGACAAGACAGCGACUCACGUGGUCACCGCUGUGCUGUACGGAGCUCAGGCGUAUUUCGUAUUCGACCGGCAGGUAUCCUCAGAGGAGAAGAAACAGGAAAUCCAUGGAGAAAUGGAGCUUGCAAUAAGUAAAAUACCUACAAUUAAAAUCAAUGGUCAAGGCUCUAUUGACCUGAAGGAAACAGAAAAAGCUGAAGUUGAAAAAUUUGAAUGUACAUUUUAUGGAGAUUUUCAUCUCGAAUCUAACCCAUCGACUUACCAAGAUGCUGUGAAAGCCUACUCAACUCUUCCAGAAUUGCUCGGGGACAAAGGAGAGAACGCAGUGCCUAUGAAGGUCUGGCUGUACCCGUUAAUCAAGCUGGACUCCAGGGCUGCCAGGCUGGAAAGGAACAUAAGUGACUACUUGGUAACAUCUGCGCAAACUGUUUUAGAGCAAUUUAAUACAAUUGAAAUGCAAAGCAACGACAUGAUAAAAGACAUUGUUACCCAAACGUUUCCUGAAGUCAAUGAGAAGAUUCAACAACUGAAACAAAGGGGCACGCUGUACAAGCUGAAUUUCAUGAGCAAACUGUCCGCUGUGCUGCCUUCCAUCCGCGGAGGUGUGCAAGAGGAAGAAUCACUCGGAGAGAUUUUAAACAAUCACGAAGAGUCCCCUUUUAACUUUAAAGAACAACAUGAUUGGCUGAACAGCAAUGAAAGAGAAAUCAAUGCAGUGAGACAUUGCCUUGCUAUUUUAAAAGACAUACAUGCUGUAUCUUCUGUGAAUGAGCUAGAUGAGGAAGAAUUAAACAAUGAGACUGAAAAUAUUGUUUGCUUUACCUUCACCUCGCUGCACGAGCCAGAACCAUAUCUGGAAGAUUUAAAAAACUACCUUGAAACCCAAGCGAGUAAGAACAUUCAAAGUUCAAUUCCUAGUAAGUAUUUGCAUCAGGAGAGCAAGCAAUGGGUGAGCAGCGAAACUAAUCUGAAGAUAAAAAUGUAUUUGAAGGUAUUCCAGGAGUUAGUGAACAUCAACAGGGAAAAUAAGAAAACAAAGUUCUUCAUAGUGUCUAAGGAAGACCAGGAGUUUCCUGGAGCCUGCAUUCUCCUGCAUGAAAAUGGAUCGUCGAAAUACAUACAUUUCAAGAUCCCAGCAAAACCUGACGUCCCUGAGGUCUGUGAUGUCACCCAUGACAGUGUGACUCUGAAGGUGGUGCCUCCCAGUAGUGAUGCUGAUCAGAAACUAAAAUACCAUCUGGAGUAUAAGUGUAUUAAUCAGAAGGAAUGGACAAUUCAAUCCAGCACUGAUAAAACAGAGACCCUCACUGUAUCAGGAUUGAAACCGAAUACAGAGUAUGAAUUUAGAUACACAGUGGAAGGGAAGUUGGGGUAUUCUGUGAGCAGUGACACAACCAGCAAAGUCAAGACAACAAGCCCACCUGCACAAGACACAGGGGAAUCCAUCCUGUCCUGCUAAGAGAUGAGUUUACUGUUUUAGACACGUAAUCAAAUAUGCAUGGAUCACUUUCCAUCAGUACUGUUCAAUUGGUAGCUUCCUGUAUAAAUGACACAUGCCACAGGUCCAGGCUCUGUAUUAAUAGAGGGGAUCAUAUCUUACAGGAUCAGAUAUGACAAGCUCUGCUGUAUUAAUAGAGGGGAUCCUAUCUUACAGGAUCAGAUAUGACAGGCUCUGUAUUAAUAGAGGGGAUCGUAUCUUACAGGAUCAGAUAUGACAGGCUCUGUAUUAAUAGAGGGGAUUGUAUCUUACAGGAUCAGAUAUGACAGGCUCUGUAUUAAUAGAGGGGAUCGUAUCUUACAGGAUCAGAUAUGACAGGCUAUAUAUUAAUAGAGGGGGUUGUAUCUUACAGGAUCAGAUAUGACAGGCUCUGUAUUAAUAGAGGGCAUCGUAUCUUACAGGAUCAGAUAUGACAGGCUCUGUAUUAAUAGAGGGGAUCGUAUCUUACAGGAUCAGAUAUGACAGGCUCUGUAUUAAUAGAGGGGAUCAUAUCUUACAGGAUCAGAUAUGACAGGCUCUGUAUUAAUAGAGGGGAUCGUAUCUUACAGGAUCAGAUAUGACAGGCUCUGUAUUAAUAGAGGGGGUCGUAUCUUACAGGAUCAGAUAUGACAGGCUCUGCUGUAUUAAUAGAGGGGAUUGUAUCUUACAGGAUCAGAUAUGACAGGCUCUGUAUUAAUAGAGGGGAUCGUAUCUUACAGGAUCAGAUAUGACAGACUCUGUAUUAAUAGAGGGGAUUGUAUCUUACAGGAUCAGAUAUGACAGGCUUACUCCCCCCCACACUGGGGAAUACAUGGCAGCAUUAACUUAGGAUACUUGAUGAACCUGGCUAAUUAGUACUUCACAUCUCACAGUACUAAGCAGCUUGGUUAUUUUUUGCAAACAUGUUAGUAGUUUUAUAGUGUGUUUACUGUGUUAAGUAAUAAUAUGUAAUUGAACUGAGUGCGUUUUAAUUUCAGAGUUUAUGUAGAAAUGGAAGGACAGAAAGGAGUUGUACAAUAUCUAUAGAAUUCAGCAUGGGGUGGUGUGUGAUAUGAGAAUGUAAUGCACACCGAGGGGGUUAUCCAGGCAUUACAUGCUCAUGUAUCACACAAACAAACACACACACACACACACACACACACACACACACACACACACACACACACGCUGCCCCAUGCAAUAUCUUUAUAAUCUCUGCUGAACUCCAUAAAGAAUUGUAUUUAAAAUAGCAACAACUUUGAUAACGUGCACACAGUUUAAAAUAAGGUUUGCAUUGUGUGAGACAGUACAGAGAAAACCGCGAUUGCUGUGGUCUGUACUAGGAGUGAUAGGAGACUGCAACCAAAGAGAACACUUUGAACUUGUAACUUAAAAACAGCACGUUCCCUUUCAAGCACGAAAUGGGUAUCAACCUCUUUAACAAAAUAAAUAAAUAAAAAUAAGUUUAAAGAAAGAAACUCUUAUGAUAAUAAGCUAACGUUUCCUGUAGUUUUUCAGGUGUUGUGGAGCUGAAUUCUUCUUCUCUGCAGAGUGACAUUCCUGUUUUGUUUUUGUUUUGUUUUUUUGUCGUCAGGGUUUCCGUGGCAAUUGUUAGGGAGCGUGUUAAAAUGACGCGCUUUCACAUUUCUAUUUUUCCAUUGCUGUGUUCACCGGUUUGUUCUGAUGGUGGUUGUGUUUGCUCACAUUUCUGUGAACCCUUUUUGUGUGAAGUGGAUUCCCUUCAGUCCGAAUCAGAGUGUAUUUCAAAGCCCGUUGGUGUGGGUCCGUGUGAUUUUUCGGGUGUCCGGUUUCUCCAUGUUUGCGGUGACUCCCUCAUGGAAAUGCAGCUCUGUCCUCAGAUGGGAUGCGGAGCGGCUGUUGCCGAGGUGGUUCCGAUGUUGGAAACGCGGGUUUCUCUUGGAUUGAUCAGGGAGGGCUGGACGGGUUUCUUUAUCAAGCGCUCCCGAGAGGAUUGUGGGAUGUGUUGCUGUUUAAUAUAACGUUAUAACUACAUUAAUAACAUACGCGUACAGACACCUUACAGUACGCUGCUAAAGAAUAAGAAUCACAUGAAGCUGAAUAAUGUAUAAAGAGAUAUUAAAAAUAAAACAUGUCUAUAUAUGUUCGUUGCUGUGAGGGCAGAUUCACAUCACAGCGCUUUGGUAUCUCUGGGCUUGAAACGACGCUCCAUAAGUAUAACACCUAUUAUUAUUAUUAUUAUUAUUAUUAUUAUUAUUAUUAUUAUUAGGUGGGAGC